AUUUAGUUCUCUUGAAUAACCCGCAGUGAAACACAACAAGGGGGAGUCCUUUCGCUUCAGCGGCGCAGCGCGAACACUUCUCCGUCAAACUCAGGACGCGUCGCCGAGCCUCUGCCGCCUUCCGCGCCGACUCUUCCCGCUGUUUGGAGCCGCAGCUCCGCCGCUGCCUUUGGGUCUCCGCUGCCGAGCUUUGGUCGCCGUUUCCCGUCACGGAGUUGGAUCAAGUUCGCUGAGUGGAGGUUCUGUUCGCGGCUCAGAGAUGCCUGAUGACAUCGGGACCGCCAAGCCGGCAGGAGUCAUCGCCUACAUUUCCUCGGGGUCGGGCUCCUCCUCGGACUCCUGCCUGAGCAGCAGCCCCCCCAGCAGCAGCUACAUGUCGCCCGCCCUGACCCGCCCCUCGCUGCCCAGCCGCGCCGUGGGCAUGGUGGUGGACAUCGCCCCGCCGGCCAAGCGCAGCCCGGCCACCGAGAAAUCCAGCCGCGCCUCCGCGUCGGCCAAGAGCAGCAUCACGAAAAUCAACGGCAUGGUACUCCUGUGUAAGGUGUGCGGCGAUAUGGCCUCGGGGUUCCACUACGGCGUCCACGCCUGCGAAGGCUGCAAGGGCUUCUUCCGGAGAAGCAUCCAGCAGAACAUCCAGUACAAGAAGUGUCUGAAGAUGGAGAACUGCACCAUCAUGAGGAUCAACCGCAACCGCUGCCAGCAGUGUCGCUUCAAGAAGUGCCUGGCGGUGGGCAUGUCCAGAGACGCUGUGAGGUUCGGACGCAUCCCGAAGAGGGAGAAGCAGCGGAUGCUGCUGGAGAUGCAGAACGCCAUGAACAACAUGAUGAGCAAGAGCAGCCAGCUGCACAGCAUGCUGCACGGACACCAGAGCCCGCCGCUGCCCAUGGAGGCCAGCGACACCCGCUCCUCCUCCUCCUCUUCCUCCUCCAUGUCGGCGUCCGGCUCCAACCCCCCCUCCCCGCAGUGCCCGCAGGACUCUGAGUCUGUGGUUUCCAUGGACACCAACUCCAGCUCCUCCUGCGCGUCGGACAGCAGCGAGGACGAGGGCGCCCUCACCAACAGGCAGCACCAGGACGCCUUCAGCCAGCAGAGGCCGGAGGGCGGGCCCUCGCCCUCCGCCGACGCCCCCUGCGCCCUGGAAACAAGCCACGACAGCCGCAUGGAGGAGCAGCAGGAGAACUGGAACAGCUGGAACGAAAACACAGCCGUGUCGGGGUACCAGGGCUGUCCGUACAGCGGGCGCCACGUCACCAACUCGGCAUACAGGGAGGAGCAGCAGCUCAGCAGCGCCCCCGGCGGCGAGACACGAGACCCGCACGCACAAAGCUCGCCGUCUAACAGAGCGUACCUGGUUUGUCCGAUGAACACGUCGCCUUACGUGGAUCCCUGCAAGCCCAGCCAGGAGGUCUGGGAGGAGUUCUCCAUGAGCUUCACUCCCGCCGUGCGGGAGGUGGUCGAAUUUGCCAAAAGGAUCCCGGGCUUCCGUGACCUCAGCGAGCACGACCAAGUCAGCCUGUUGAAGGCCGGGACGUUUGAGGUCCUGAUGGUCCGCUUCGCCUCCCUGUUCAACAUGUCGGAGCGAACCGUCACCUUCCUGAGCGGCAAACGCUACAGCAUCGACACGCUGCGCUCCCUCGGCGCCGGCGAGCUCCUCAACUCCAUGUGCGAGUUCAGCGAGAAGCUGGCAGCGCUGCGGCUCGACCCGGACGAGAUGAGCCUCUUCACCGCCGUGGUGCUGGUGUCAGCCGAUCGCUCCGGCAUCCAGGACCUGGACUCGGUGGAGGCGCUGCAGGACAAGCUGAUCCGGGCGCUGCGGAACCUGGUGAUCCAGAACCACGGCGAGGAGUCGGCCACCACCUUCACCAAACUGCUGCUCAAACUUCCCGAGCUGCGCUCGCUCAACAACAUGCACUCGGAGGAGCUGCUGUCCUUCAAGGUGCAUCCAUAAAGACUUCCUGACGGGGCCUCGGAGCCUCCUUCCAACCUUCACCAGGACCUGCCUCUUUCCCCUCGUGUUCGACCAACCCGGUUCCUGUCCAGAAUGUAUGAAGUUGUUUUUUUACCGGGCCGCGGCGGCCUGCAGACUGUACUGUAUCUAUAGACUUAGCUUUGCUUGUUGCACACGAACACACGAGAGUUUUUCUAUCGUCAGGAGGGAGAAGAAACCUUCACCGGCUUUGAGGAACAAUCCAAACAAACUGGGUUUUUACGGACGCUCGGCGACAGUUCCUCCAAACGCCGACAAUUCCAAAGUGAAGAGCGGGCGAAUGUGUGUCACGCCGAAUGUGAGGAGGGCUGACACGACGUGCAUGGCUGUCCCUCAGCGGGAAAAGCAUGACUUCACUGUGUUGCUGUACAAAGUGUUGUAGGUUUUAUUUAAUGUCCUUGUUGUGCUCAUGUUGAUGGGAGAAGCCGGCACGCCACCGGCUCGCCGCCGGCUCAAUUUGUUUGUUUUUUUUAUAUUUGAUGACACCUUUUAACAGAAAAAAAACACUACAUUUGCACACAAAAAAGCAAAAGUCCUUGAACUGUGCGUCUCGGCAUGUACAUUAUCAAAAAGAAAAAAAAAGUAUUUUAUUCCCCCCAUUUUUUUGUUUUUUAAAAAAAUAAUCCAACUAUUUUCAGCUCAGCACUGAAUCUGACGCCUGUUUUUCUCGUCGACUUUGUUUGGCUUUUCCUCCUGGCAGCACUGCCAUAUGUAAAUAGCUCUAUAAAUCUCUAUAUAUAUGUGAUAUAAAUAUAUAUAUAUAAAUCUGAUGGACAUAGAUGACUAUAAAAUAGUGUGAAUAAAAACAAGUGAAGAGUA